CCCGUUUCCCUCCCUCCCUCCAUCAAAUUUCAAGCGUUACUUUUCCCUUUAAAAGCCAAAAUCCCAAGCAAUCACCACCCACCCACAGACUGCCGCCGCCACCACCACCACCACCACCAUGUACAAUCACAGCAACAACAGCAACCAGUUUUCGCGUAUUGAAACAACUUGCAGUUUGUUACUAACAGAAUUGAAGAAAAUAUGGAGUGAAGUAGGAGAGGCGGAUACUGAAAGGGAUAAAUUAGUUUACGAAAUUGAACAAGAAUGCGUCGAAGUGUACCGGAGAAAAGUGAUCGCAGCGAACAAACGCAGAUCCGAAUUGCAACAAUUAAUUGCUCUCGCUGAAUCGGAAAUCGAAAAUAUCCGCUCAGUUCUUGGUGAAGAACCAGUAAAAAGCGAGGAGGAGAAAGUGAGGGUGAGUUUGAGAGAGGAGCAUGGAGCUAUUGUGCCGCGAGUCGAGGAAAUGAGGAAUAAGAAAGAAGAGAGAAGGAAAUUGUUUGUUGAAGUCGUGGAGAAAUUACAGAAGGUUUCGAGUGAGAUUUUUGGGUCCACUGAAGGUGUGAUCAUGGAUGCGACUGACUUGUCUAUGAAGAAAUUAGAUGGAUUCGAGAAACGCUUACUUGAGCUCGAGAACAACAAGAGCAACCGUCUUAAGCAGAUAGUGGACCGUGUGGAUGGCCUAAAAUCCAUAUGUGGAGUUCUUGGGAUGGAUUUUAAACAGACAAUACAUGAUAUCCAUCCAAGUUUGGAUGACAGCCAAGGAGUGAAAGACUUGACCGAUGAUACCAUUAAGAAGUUAACUGCUGAGAUACAACGUUUGCGAGAGGUCAAGAUUCAGAGAAUGCAGAAGCUUCGAGUUCUUGCAACUACCCUUGUAGAGCUUUGGAAUUUGAUGGACACUCCAAUGGAGGAGCAAAGGAUGUUUGACAAUAUUACUAGUAAAAUUGCUGCUUCAGAAUCUGAGAUCAGCGAGCCUAAUACGCUUGCCAUGGACUUUAUAAACCACGUUGAGGAGGAAGUGUCGAGGCUAGAGAAACUCAAAUCAAGUAAAGUGAAAGAGCUUGUCCUCAAAAAGAGGUUGGAGCUAGAGGAGAUAUGCUGGAAAACACACUUGGUCUUGGAAGCAUACACUGCUGCAAAGUAUUCCACUGAAGCUGUAGCAUCUGGGGUUGAAGACCCUAUGCAUCUAUUAGAAGAGAUUGAGCUUGAUAUUGCAAUGGUUAAAGAGGAAGCCUUAAGCAGGAAAGAUAUACUUGACAAGGUGGAGAAGUGGUUGACUGCAUGUGAUGAAGAGUCUUGGCUUGAGGAGUACAACAGGGAUGAAAAUCGUUACAGUUACGGAAGAGGAGCACAUCUUACCUUGAAACGUGCCGAGAAAGCCCGUGUUAUGGUUAACAAAAUUCCUGCAAUGGUUGAGGCAUUGACUUCAAAGACCAUGGCUUGGGAGAAAGAAAGAGGAAUUCCAUUCUUUUAUGAUGGUGGACGACUUCUUUCGAGGCUUGAGCAGUACAGCAGUCUAAAGCAAGAGAAGGAGCAAGAAAGAAUAAGGCAAAGAGACCAGAAGAAGUUUCAGGUACAGCUGAUUGCUGAGCAGGAAGCACUUUUCGGGUCGAAACCCAGUCCAUCACAGAGCGGAAGGAAGCCGUCAAGAACUUCCGUAGGAGUUGCAAUUAAUCAGAAACUCUCUCUUGGUGGAGCGAUGGUUCCAAAUUACAGAUCUGGAAAAACAUCUCCCUUUGUAAAUCCAAACAAAAAGGGCAAUGUCUUAGAUCGAUGCAGCUAUUUAAGAUACGGGCAGCAUGGUGGUUUUGCAUCUCAGUCUGGUAGGAGAAAUUCAGAGAUUGUUGGUCAUCUAGGAAAGAAGCGCCACGCUACUUCAGCUGCAAAGGCAUGCAAAAAUGAGUCAAGCUUGGUCCGGAAGCCCCUGUCUCCUGUUUCUCUGUCCAUGUCCUCUAGGGCCAACAUUGUUAAUUUCAUGGAGGACCAGAAAUCAUCACAAAGUGGAACCUUAAAGACAAUGCCUCCUUAUAACAAGACACCAAUGGACACACCUUCAAAAUCGGUCAAUGCUGUAGAUGAUGAAAACAGAAACCCGAAUACGCUGCCUGUUCCGGUGGCUUCAACUCCUCCAACAACUUCAGUUCCUAUGCUGACUGCCUUAACACCAGCCACCCCUUGUGUUUCUUGUGCCCCUAAAACAGCAAGAAAAAUCUUGGAACAAGAAGACCACUCGUUCGAAGAGCUUAGAGCUGGUUUUGUCCGUCCCAGACCACAGUCAUAGUCAGUGUUAAUGGUUUGACAUAUUAGCAAGUAGAGAUGAACUUGAUCGAACUGUUUUAAAUUUUCAUUGCCAUUUGUGAAAUCAAUUUAAAUUGGCCUGUUAAUCUCCAAUCUUAGCGUGUGAAACCCCGAUUUGAUGUGAGGUUUUAAUUCACCAUGGCCCAAGGUGAACUGAUUGAUUCUAGAAAAUUACAGUAACUCACUGUUUUGGGAAUGAAAUGAUUGAUAGUGAUUUGUGUUU